AUGUAUGAGGAAUUCCCCCUUGAAUCUCUAAAAAUACCAAAACCAGACAGCAUAAGCAGACUUAGACCUCAACACAGGCCCAAUGUGUGCGUGGAGAGGGAGGUGACGCUGGUUGCCCAGAGGCAGCCGUGUGUGCAGGCCUUCACACGCAUGGUUAAAGUGUGGAAGCAAGGCUGUGUGGGGCAGUCAUGGUGCAUGGGAUACGAGAGAAGGACGGCAUACUACACAGCAUACAGACAAGUCUACAGACAGGAUUAUCAGACUGUGUACAAGUGUUGCCCUGGAUGGUCUCAACUUAACGGAGAAGCUGGUUGUCUUUAUCCUGUGUGUAGCUACGGCGUGUGCUUCAAUGGCGGCCAGUGUCUGGAGGGAUCCACUCAGCUUUGCGACUGUCCUGCAGGGUUCAACGGACCCAGCUGCCAGUAUGAUGUGAAUGAGUGUGAGGAGACCAAUGGAGGCUGUGAGGCUUUGUGUUGUAACACCAUCGGAAGCUUCUACUGCAGGUGUCCUCCUGGACUGAAACUGAAUGAAGAUGGCAAAACAUGUCAAGAUAUUGAUGAAUGCCUGGUCCACAAUGGAGGCUGCCAGCACAGAUGUAUUAACACCAGGGGCUCCUACUACUGUGAAUGCCACCCAGGCUCUCGUCUGCACGUGGACGGCCGCACCUGCCUCGCCGUCCAUUCGUGUGCCAUCAGCAACGGAGGAUGUGAACACUACUGCGUGCAGCAGUCUGCCGCUCAUUUCCGCUGCCGCUGCAAGCCAAAUUAUGUGCUGGCAGAGGAUGGCAAGCACUGUAAACUGCAGAACCCCUGCGCAGAUCAGAACGGAGGCUGCAUGCACGAGUGUCGAGUUGACGGUGGUAAGGCUCACUGUGACUGUAAAGUUGGUUACAUCCUGGCUGAAGACGGGAAGACCUGUGAAGAUAUUGAUGAGUGUGAGACUGAAGAAGCCAACUGUGCUCAUGGCUGCCACAACACCCUUGGCUCCUACGCCUGUGUUUGUAACACUGCCUAUGAGCUGGGAUCUGAUGGAAAACAGUGUUACAGAAUCGAGAUGGAGAUCGUGAACAGCUGUGAGAACAACAACGGUGGCUGUUCGCACCACUGCCAGCAUUCAACCAGUGGGCCUGUCUGUUCCUGUAACCAUGGUUACAGACUAGAUGAGGACCUUAAAACCUGUGUUGACGUCGACGAGUGUGGAGAGCAGAGCUCCUGCUGCGAGCAGGACUGCACCAACUACCCCGGGGGUUAUGAAUGCUACUGCUCCGCAGGAUACAGGCUCAACUCAGAUGGAUGUAGCUGUGAUGAUGUAGACGAGUGCCUGGCCACUAAUGGCGGUUGUGAUCACACGUGCCAGAACAGCGCAGGUUCCUUCCAGUGUUUCUGCCGCCGGGGUUUCCGUCUGGAUGAGGACCGGCAAUCCUGCAUCCCGCUAGAAGAUGCAAUUGAGGCCCUCUCCAGCGGAGGUGCCAUUGAGUUGCCUCUCAUUCGCCCCCAGCUCACCUUGCUGCAGGACUACAGCCAACCCCUGGAGCGUUAUGAUGACUAUGAGGACGACGAGGGCGAGCUGAGGGCAGAGAGUAACCUGGCAGAGAAGUUUGUGUGUUUGGAUGACACUUUCGGGAAUGACUGCAGUUUGACGUGUGACGACUGCUCUAAUGGAGGAAAAUGUAAUCCGUGGAAGAAUGGCUGCGAUUGCCCCGAUGGAUGGACCGGCAUCGUCUGCAACCAGACUUGCACCGAGGGCUAUUUUGGUAAAAACUGCUCCUUUCACUGUAAGUGUAAAAAUGGCGCCAGCUGUGAUCCUGUCACUGGGAGCUGCCGCUGCCCGCCGGGAGUCAGUGGAGACUUGUGCCAGGAUGGCUGUCCAAAGGGCUUCUAUGGAAAACAGUGCAACAAGAAGUGUAACUGUGCAAAUAAUGGGCGCUGCCAUCGAACCUAUGGAGCCUGUCUGUGUGAUCCUGGACUGUACGGACGCUUCUGCCACCUCCCUUGUCCAAAGUGGACCUUCGGACCGGGCUGCUCUGAGGAGUGUCAGUGUGUCCAGCAGAACACUCUGGAGUGUCACCGUCGCCAUGGCACCUGUGUCUGUAAAUCUGGUUACCAUGGCGACACCUGCAAGGACGAAUGCAACCCAGGUACGUAUGGAGCCGGCUGUGAGAAGCAGUGCUCCUGUCCACCAGGAGUGUCCUGCGAUCAUGUGACUGGAAAAUGCCAACGAAAGUGUCCUCCUGGUCGUCAUGGGGAGAACUGUGAUCAAGACUGUCCAGAGGGACGGUUUGGAACAGGCUGCGUUCAUCCUUGCAACUGCACCAGUGCCCCGUGUGACAAAGUGACAGGACAAUGCAAGUGUCCAGCAGGAACGUCAGGAAAGCACUGUGAGAACUUGUGUGUGGAGGGAUCCUGGGGUCCGGGCUGCACAGAAACCUGCCCUGCUUGUGAGAACGGCGGCUCGUGCGAUAAACAUAAUGGAUCGUGUAUCUGUCCACCAGGAUUCAUGGGAAAACUCUGCCAAAACUCGUGCCUGAGUGGACGAUUCGGUCAAGAAUGCCAAAUGAAGUGUGUGUGUGAGAACAAUGCUCACUGCGACCCGGUGAAUGGGCGGUGCACCUGCGCUCCUGGCUGGACUGGACACAACUGCAGGAAAGUGUGUGAUGCAGGACACUGGGGAGCUGACUGUGCAGGAACCUGCGACUGUAGAAACGGAGACGGCAGCUGUGAUGCUGUGACGGGCCUUUGCAACUGUGAAGCUGGUUACACUGGAACACGCUGCCAUCACAAGUGCCCAACAGGUAUGUUUGGUCUUGGUUGUCGCCAUCGGUGUCAGUGUGACAACAAGGCAUUGUGCGACCAUGUGAGCGGAGCUUGUACCUGCCAGGUGGGAUGGACAGGAACCUUCUGCGAAAAGCCGUGUCCUCAGGGUUUCUAUGGGCUUGACUGCCAGGAGAAGUGUUUGUGUCUAAACGGCGGGAGCUGUGACCAUGUCAGUGGAGAUUGUUCCUGUCCUGCUGGCUGGAUCGGUCCGUUCUGCAACCUGACUUGCCCGACCGGUUUCUAUGGGGAAGGAUGUAACCAAACCUGUAGCUGUCGUAACAACGGCAUCUGCCACCCGGCCAGUGGGCAGUGUGUGUGCACACCGGGCUGGACCGGACCCAACUGCACAGAAGAAUGCCCUGCAGGGUUUUAUGGAGCAGACUGUCGGCAGCGCUGCUUGUGUCAAAAUGGAGCCACAUGUGACAAGACCAGUGGAAAAUGUACAUGUGCCAGUGGCUGGACGGGUACAGCCUGUGAACUGGAGUGUGUAGCAGGCCGGUUCGGAGCGGACUGCCAGCAGCAGUGUGAAUGUGAGAACGGCGGUCACUGUGACACACAGACUGGACAGUGCAGCUGUGGCGCCGGCUGGAUCGGAGAGCGCUGCGAGAAAGCGUGUGACACAGGCCUGUUUGGUGCUGGCUGCGAGGAGAGAUGUCAGUGUGUGCACGGGGUUUCAUGUCACCACGUCACUGGAGAGUGUCAGUGUCCUCCAGGGUGGAGAGGAAAACUCUGUGACAAAGCAUGUUUGCCGGGUAUGUAUGGGAAGAGCUGUAUGCAGCGCUGCAGCUGUGCUCAGGGCACAUCCUGCCACCAUGUCUCUGGAGAGUGUGGCUGUCCUCCUGGAUUCACUGGAAACGGCUGCGAGCAGACUUGUCUUCCAGGAACAUUUGGGCAGAACUGUAACCAGGUCUGCCAGUGCUCAGAGACAAACCAGCUCUGCCACCCAGUGUCUGGAUCGUGUUACUGCGCCCCGGGUUUCCAAGGUCCCAAAUGUGACCAAGCAUGUGGAGAGCAGCAUUAUGGUCCUAACUGUGAAAAGGAAUGCAAAUGUGAAAAUGGAGGGACAUGCGUUCCUUCCACUGGAGCCUGUGAAUGUCCAGCAGGAUUUAUAGGAGCACGCUGCAACAUCACGUGUCCAGAUGGGCAUUAUGGAGUUGACUGUGCUCGGGUAGCAAUAUGUGGAGACGGAGCCCAAAACGACCCAGUUACAGGUCGGUGUGUGUGCAUCCCUGGACGAAGAGGAGAGGACUGUGGACAUGGCUGCUCUCCAGGCUGGUUUGGAGCCGGCUGUGCCCUGCGUUGUAACUGCAGCAAUGGAGGGUUGUGUGACUCUGCGACUGGCAACUGUACCUGUGGUCUGGGCUGGACUGGUGCACACUGCGACAGAGAAUGCCCUUUGGGCAGAUUUGGUGCCAACUGUCAGCUGAAAUGUAACUGUCAGAAUAAUGGCACUUGUGACAGAGUGACGGGGACGUGUCAGUGUGGUCCAGGCUACUAUGGACAUCUGUGUGAACAUGCCUGUCCUCCUGGUCUCCACGGCCCGCUGUGCCAGCUGCAGUGCGACUGUAUGAACGGAGCCUCCUGUCAUCCUGUGUCGGGCCUCUGUGUCUGUCCUCCAGGAUAUUAUGGAGCCCGCUGCCACAGAGUGUGUGAACAGGGUACCUUCGGUCAGGGCUGUGCCAAGGUAUGUGACUGUGAGGACGACGCUCCAUGUGAUCCUGUGACGGGACGAUGCCUCUGCUCCUCGGGGAAGACUGGACCCAGAUGUGACAUCGACUGCAGAGCGAAUCGGUUUGGGCCCGACUGCAGUGAGACCUGUGAGUGUGAGAAUGGGGCGCAAUGCGACCGACGCAACGGGCGCUGCAGCUGCAUGCACAGCUGGAUUGGACUCUCCUGUCAGGAAGGUGGACCUCCACGCCUCACCUAUGGGAGCAGCAGAGGAGACUCGCAACACAACUCAUUAUAGCAGCUCCAUCUUGCUGGAAGACUCCAACUAGAACUGGGACAGAUCGGCGGGUUUUUACUGAAGUGACUCAAGUGAGUGAAAGCUUAUGACAGGAAGUUGAAGCAGCUGGAGGAUUUGCAUGAAAAUAGACUCUCUGAGGAGAACUGCAACUCCAUGUUUGAACCCGAGCUGGAUUUUUUUUUUUUUUUUGCGUGCCAAAGUGUCCUUUGAACUGUCUGAGCCCGUGGCAUCAGUCGGACCUGUCACCAGUGCAUUGUUUCUUGCGCUCAAACACCACCUUUACUCUUCAGGAUAAGAAUUAUGCCUCAAAAACUACAUCCUCACAGUGCAGUGUCAGGAGAUUGUGAUUGCGUUUACUGCACUUUUGGUAUUUUGUUUAAUGUUUUGUCCUCAAGAUGCCUUUUGCAGGUACUGUAUAUAAAAUAAUCUCUAAUUUUGUAAGAAAAUAGGUGAUAUUGCUGGAUAUGAUGCAACCAUAUCACAUUACUUGCCAGUACUAUGAAGUUGUUUUUCAGUCUAUACAAAAUGAAGUACUACCCUCAGUCCAAUGGUGCUAUGGUGCUUUACUGUACUUCAGAUGUUUAAUAGUAUAAUAUCACAGUAAAGCACAUUCUUGUUGACUAAAGCCUUAACAGAUAGCUGGAAUUUCAGUGUAUAUCACUUAAGAUUACACAGCUAGCAUUCAUUGUUUAAAUUGUUCCUUUAGGAUUGAUUUUGUGUAUAAAUUGCUUCAUAUUUAUAUUUAACACAGUUGAAUAUAACACAAAUUUAAAAUGCAUCUUUUGUUUUCCACUGGAUAAAAGAGACUUUGCAGCUCUGCCAAAUCUACA